CUCGCGCAGCUGGGAUGGAGCAGAAGUGCGCCUGGCGCCGCAGGGCACACAGCUGACUCUGCGCGCCACCUCCGCUUCGCCUAGCGCCGCCAGACACCAAAGCUGCCACCGAAGCUGCUUGAACUGAUCGCGCCGGGCGGUCAGCACCACCCCCUCCUCCCGCAGCCCACCGGGCGGUAGAGGAGCCACCGGUGCCCUAUGCACUUGGUCAGCCCCAGGAAACUCUUCUCUAGCCGCGUCCAGCUCGGUACCGAGCGCCGGAGUAACAUGGUCUGCAAGGCGCUCAUCGCUCUCUGCAUCUUCACCGCAGGAUUGAGGGUACAGGGUGCUCUGACAUCAGCCCCCUUGCCUGUUUCUCUUACAACAAAGAUCACCCCACCUACAGUCACCUGGACUACCUCUGCUCAAAACACUGCUGUGGCCACCACUAUCCCCGUGGCCAGUGACACUCACAACGCCACAGUCCUCCCCACGACUGCUGCGUCUCUGACAUCUCAGCUCCCCAAGAACAUUUCCACUGUCCCCAGAGAAGAGGCUGUCACCAGCCCAUCUUUGAAGCAGAAUGGCAGCAACACAGACCUCUCACCCACCGGCUUCCCCUCAACGAGCAGCAAUGUCCACUCGACACCCACAGCCAAGGAACACAGCCUUGGUAGUCCCGAAACAAGUGUGCCAGAAACAAGUGUGCCUUCCACUUCGCCGCAGCCACCCACGCUCGUUGCUUCUCAGGCGCCAACCUCGACAUCCACAUCCCAAGCAACUUCCCCACCCGAGGCUCUGUCUGUCUCCAGUACCUCUAAUCACAGCUCCACUGUGAGCAGCACCCAGCCCACAGGACCUGCGAUGGCACCCGGGUCCCCAACCGAAGGUCACAGCUCUAGUCACACACCCACUUCUCAUGGCACAGCGGAACCAGCACCCAAGGAGAAGUCACCCCAAGAUGCUGAGCAUGGCAAAGUGGUCUGUGAGUCUGAGACCACCACCCCCUUCCUGAUCAUGCAAGAAGUGGAGAAUGCCUUAAGUUCAGGCAGUAUCGCCGCCAUCACUGUGACAGUCAUUGCCGUGGUGUUGUUGGUGUUUGGAGCUGCAGCAUACCUAAAGAUCAGGCAUUCCUCCUACGGAAGGUUGCUGGAUGACCAUGACUACGGGUCCUGGGGAAACUACAACAACCCUCUCUAUGACGACUCCUAACAAAGAAAUGUGGCUGGGGACAAGAAGAGUCUGUCCUUUAUUUAUAAGUGCUUAUUCAGUAGAAUUAAUAACAAGUACCUGAUGCUCAUUGAACGACAAUCGCAAGCCCUGUUUUGUUGGUAUGAUUGUUUUUGUUUUUUCAUUUUUUCCUCCCUCUCCUCUGCUGCUACUGCAACAUCCCCCUUCUGGUACAAAAGAACCAUUUUGUAAGGCCAGUGGAGGCCGAUUUGCAGCUGACAUGGCCAUCUUUGCACUGACCAGGCCAGUCAACCAUGAGGUGGAAGCUGCAGCCCAGCCACAGGACCCACUUCGGAAGGACUGAGGAAAAGGGCUCGGGGAUUUAAUUUUAGGGGAACUUUUGGUUUGGGUUAUUUCUUAAACGUCUCUAUAGGAAAUUACAUAAGUAUCUGAAUCCCUGGAGGCUAGCACCCUGUGUGGAGGAAGCAGGGGUUUCUUGAUUUCUUUUUAAUCCCUACCUGCCUGGCUGUAUCUGACAGGAUGCCUACCUGGUCCUACAAGCAGAUAGACAACUCUUUGCUGCCUAAUUAAGGAAAGAUGAAAGAGGGCUGUGCCCAGGAGGCCACCAGGCAAGAGCAAAGUAGCAUAGUGGGCUGUCAAUCUCAGCACUCUCUCAACCUGUUCUCCCCAUCCUAGCCAUGGGAUUCCAGCCCACUCCCCAUCCAAGCCACUCCCCAUCCAAGCCACACUCCCCAUCCAGGCCACGUCCCAUCCAGGUGACUGAAGGCAAUGGGGAUCCAGCCCACUGGCUUUCUGAAAAGUUACAGCACAGUUCCAAAAGAGAAACAGGGAGGAGGGGGAGGAGGUGAGCUUGAAGGACAGGAAGGGACAGGUAUGUAGAACACAAGGGUGGGGAAGAAGGGAGAGACAAAAGCUUACAUGCAUCAAGGACUUGAAGCAAGUAGGAGCUAGCUCUCCAUGGUAGUGGGAGAUAUCUAAAUCUUGGAGGAGCCCAUAGAACUCUCACUUCAGGCCCAUAAAGCAUCGGGUUCACUGCCUUACUGUCUAUAUUGGGUAAUAGCUAUAUGCUAUUUAAAAAAAGUUAAGAGGCAGUUAAUCUUCCAUAGGAAGGAGACACCAAAAAGUACCUGUUUGUUCUCCCCAACACCUACAUUACUCUUUCCUCUUUCUUCCUUUUAACGAAAGAACACCUCUGGGUUUCCAGUCUCAAAAUUCUGUCCAACAAAUUUUGAGAAAUAGUCAUUUUUCUUGACCGGCAUUCAUUUAUUUCACUUAUUACCCAUCAGGAAAUGGUUUUGCCUUCUUCCCCCAGGGACAUUUGAAAAUGUCUAGUGGCAAUUUUUGAUAGUUGCUACUUCUCUGGGAGCACUACGAAGGGGUAGAAACCUGCUAAACCCCCUACUUUUCCUGGGACAACCUGCCACCACAAACAGCCUCCUAGCCGGAAACAUCAAAGGCUGACAUGGAGGUUGAGAUUUAUUGUGAUGUCCUUGUGAUGUGAAAAGACACUCACACAUCAGUAAAACCCUUUCAUCUUUAACAAAGUGAAACAUCAAUCUUUUUUCUCCAAAGUGUUUAGUUUGUUGACUGAUAAGUUGAUUUCUGGCACAUGCAGUUGCCUUAUAUCCGCUUUGUUUCUAGAGUGCUUUACUGCAGGGCUACACCACGGUUCUUCUGCAACUUCUGAAUUGGUACCCAGAUUCUUAUGUCCUGAUUUCACAUAGUGGAAAACAUACAUCUUAAAAUAUGUUACAUUGUCCUAUGAUGUCAUAGAGAAUAAGAAACCAUAAGUCUUUAAUUCCUCAGACACAUCCUGCUCCAUGACUCUGUUGAAGAAAAGCACUAUAAUGCUAUCCUGAACCCCUCUGGUGUGGAGACCAUAAAUAGGGAGGGGUACUUCCCACAAUCAGCCAUUCCAGGGAAAACUCUUCCUAAACCUCAGAGGUGCCAAAAGGAAGGAGCAAUCCUCAAAGAUAGUCUGUAAGCAGAAUGGGUAGAAAGGAAUGGGUUUGCAGAAAUGAAGCUAUCCCUGAAUAUGAACACACACACACACACACACACACACACACACACCUCCUCAUAAAAACAACAAGGGUAUGCUUGACCUAAACAACUGUCCCUCAGUACUACCCUGACCCAUUCACAGGUCUCCAGUUAGGCAAAGGACAAGCAAUACAAAAACAGGAUUCUACAUCUAAUUUUCCUCCACCAGCCAGAACCACUUUUGACACACAGCACAAAGCUCUCCAUGAAAUACUUCAGAAGAGUGGACUUCAGAUAUCGCUUCUGGGGUCAGUCCUAGGCCAGAGGAAGCAGCUUCCUCCCGAGAACCCUCACCUGUUAGAAACCAAGCACACAGAAGAGGUUUUUUCACACCAAAGGAUGCCAUUGUGCAUGAGCAUGUGAUUGCCUUUGCUCUGGUUAAUUUCCAGUUGCUUCCAGGAAAACACAGCACGGUCACAUGCAACAAGGUGGCAGUUUUCCCUCAAAACUCAUGAACGACCCUUGAUAUGUCUGUUAGUAUAAAAUAUGCAAGUGUAAGAACUUACUUUGCCAAAUAUAUCUCUCUUCUUUUGAAUUGGCCAAGAGAUUUCUGCAUCUUUAUUCUACAAAUGUCGACACACACACACACACACACACACACACACACACACACACACACCUCUGAAAUACAUGCCAAUAAUUGAUGUCCUUUACCUCAGGGAGUGUUAGUUCAAGUCUACACAAGGGAAAUUAGUGGUCCUAGAUCUAAAAAGUCACACCCCAACGUGGAUAGGACUGGCUGUGAUGCUUCUGGAGGAAGUCAGAGUAGAAAGCAAGCUAGGAGCCUCUUCUCAAUGGACUGCAAAUGACCAGGGGAUGGUAUGCAACUCUACUUUCUUUUCCUGUGGCCCUGGUGGGACCCCUUGUCCACCUUGCACAGCUGUGUCUUCACUUAGAAAAUAGGGGUGAUGCUUUCAUAGUAGCCUCGCCCCUUCCUACCUCACAGACAUAAUGUGAGGAUUACUGAAAUUGUGUCUACAGUGUUUUCAGUUUCUGGAAAAAAACUAUUUAUGGACGUUUCAAGUAUUAUAUAGAUAUAUAAGUGAUCUCAGUUUCUUAUUUGCUAUUAUACUGGUAUCUUGUUUUUACUUAUUCUCUAAAACAACAGUUAAUGUCAUGGCCACAUCAAAUGGCUAUCAGAGCUCUGAACAUCCCUCCUAUGCACCUGACUGAUGCAGGGUUAACUGUUCCUGGAACCACAAAGGAUGAUCUCCCCUCUGACUGAAAGUUGACCCAGGACACAGGUCUCACAGAUAUGCAUCAGGAUCCAGGGUAGGAUGACACACAAUAGAUGCCUGAGCACUAAUGGCAGAAGACCUCUGACUUUCACAUCCCGAGGUCUUGGAGUAGAUUAUGGUCUAAUGUGACCUGUUCGCCCUUCAUCUUGCUUGCAGAGGUGCAUGGUUUAAUCCUGUGCAUCUUGAAAAUUUGUGAUUGGUCCAGUUGCUAAUUUGCACGUCGAUUCACCUUUGCCUUUAACCUUCUUUUGAGGGCAAAUGGAUGUACCAUUUCAACUUUGAUCUCGGGAAUGUUAGUUGAUACUUGCUCGUUGCCACAUUUCUCUCUUGGAGUGAGUUAGCUGACAUUGUCAAAAGAUGAGAAGGUGUGCAACUUCUUGGAUAUUUGAUGAUGUCAUAUCUACAUUUGUUGUAAGAUCUAUUGCAUACCAAUUAUAAAUCUACCAAUUAAAGUGGUUAAAAGCCUG